AUGCUUGACCUUGCAGGUAACAUUGUUCUUGAACUCUCCAAAGAUAAACACAAUGCCAGCUUCAUGGACAGACAGCUCAUCCAGUUCCAGAACUCAGUCAGCCGAGUGGAGAACGAACUAAGUGGCCAGAUCCGCUACCUUACACAGGUAGCGACUGGUCAGCCACAUGAAGGUUCUACCUAUUCAGCCAGGAAGGACUGUCAGAUGGCACUGAACCGAGCCGAGUAUGCCAAGGUCAAACUGGGAGAACUGGGACGCACCUGUGAAGUCAUGCUGGAGCAGCAGCAGCAGACAUGAGAGUCAGCCGGUUGCUGGGAUUGAGAUCAGUGUGCUUGGACUGGCACAGCACUUUCAGAUACCUAAUGCUACAGCACUUCUCUGUAUUCCCCACGUGUGUCACAGCCCUUCUCACUUUUAUUAAAAUGCUGACGUGUCUCAACAAAUGUAAACAAAAACUCAAGGAAAGAAAAAAGUGUUUUUGUACUGGGGCCUGUGUAUGUUGUGUUUCUGAUUUUGUAAUCAGUUUACGGAGCAGGUCAUAUGUAGAAACUGUCGAUACUUUUAAUAAAACAACGAAUCAUCUUUGGGGGAAAAAC